CUCCGAAAUUUCUAGUCUGUGAUUUCGCUGGUGCAGUCGGGAGAGUUGCCGAAAUCUGAAUAAUGGCAUCCUCCAGCGACACACCAGAGAUAAAAGGAAGAAGGGGAAGCUUUGAUUUUGAUUAUCCAAAUAUGAGUGAUUUGAGGUUCGUUCUGCUGGGGAAGAAUGCUUCAGAAAACAGCCGCGUUAAAAACUUCAUCUUGAGAAUAGAUAAAAAGGGAGCUUCUCCAGUUUUUGUUGAACAGCAGAUUGAGGUGAUUGGAGGUCAGGUGGAAGGCAAACACAUUAUGGUCAUCAACACUCCUCAUCUGCUCCAACCAAACAUCUCAAAUCAUCAGAUGACACAGAGAGUGAGAGAGUGUGUGUCUCUGUCUGCUCCAGGACCUCAUGUGUUCAUACUCGUACUGCAGAAUAAAGACUUCAGUGAUGAGGACAGAAACAGAGUGAAAACUGUACUGAAAGAAUUCAGUGAUCAGGCCAUUAAACGCACCAUACUCGUGACUACUGAUGAAAAGACAUACGCCACCAUGGCUACUUCUGUGAUGAAGACUAAUGCUGUUCUUAAGUUAGCACAAAUCUGUGGAGGAGGACAUCUUCAUUAUGAUGAAAGAACUACAGACUGGCACUCUCAGAUGUUUCAAAGAAUAGCAAAGAUAAUUAAGGAAGAACGUGAAGAAUAUCUCACAUGUGAACAAUAUGAUGAUGCGGAAGAAGGAACACCAGUGGACGAAGAACCAAGCAGAUCUGGAGGUGCAGUCAGAGCUGAAGAGGACUGUUCUACUCAUGAAGAGCGCCAUAAAAAGGGAAAAGAAAUGAAGAGAAACCACAGUCCAGAUGGUGAUCGUCCCAACAUGAGUGAUUUGAGGAUUCUUCUGCUGGGGAAAAAUCUUUCAGAAAACAACCGAGUGGGAAACUUCAUCUUGGAUGAAAACAUGUUUGGAAAGACAAAACACCCUCUAUAUGAAGAGGAGCACAGUAGAAAAGUGGAGGGAAGAAAUAUCACAGUCAUCAUCCACACUGACCUGCUCAACCCAAAACUCUCCAUAUCACAGAUCAUACAGAAAGUGUCAGAACUGUCUUCUCCAGAACCUGAUGUGAUCAUACUGGUGCUGCAGCAUUAUGAUUUUAGUGAGGAGAAUAGAGGGAGAUUAUCUUUUGUGUUGAGCCGCUUUGGUGAGCAGUUGAAGAACCGCACACUGGUGUUGACCACUGACAGAGAGACACGCGGUGCUGGACUGACAUCUGGGAAAGAGAAUAAAUGUAUUCACCAAAUAACUGCAGAAUGUGGAGGAGGACAUCUUCAUCUUCAAACACAACAGCGCUCUGAAAUACUUACAAAAGUAGAUGAAAUAAUAAAGUGUGAAUAUUCCAGCAGCACAAGAUUUAAGGAGACACAACCGGACACUUCGGUGGAUCAUGGAGACAGCAUACUUACGAGAGCUUUGAAAUCUGGGGUGUCGAAGAUUAGCUGGCCUCGAAAACACAAACUGAACCUGGUGUUGUGUGGAAGUGAUGCAGAUCUGAAGACCUCCGUAUCAAAACUCAUAAGAGGGAUAAAGACUUCAACAUCAGGACAAAGAUCCAGUUCAGAGUGUGUGAAGAGAGAAGGGGAGGUGUGUGGACGUCUGAUCACUCUGGUGGAGCUUCCAGCACUUUCUCAGCUCUCAGAAGAGGAAGUGAUGCGUCAAUCUCUCCACUCUGUGUCUCUCUGUGAUCCUGGAGUUCAUGUUUUCCUCCUCAUUAUUCCUGUUGGUCCACUCACUGAUGAAGAAAGAGCAGAAAUAGAGAUGAUCCAGAAGAUAUUUUAUUCAAGAGAUCACUUCAUGGUGCUUUUCACCUCUAGAAUCCCUGUUAAUGAACCUUUGAUUGAUCUUGCUAAAUCUAUCAUAAAUUCUCAGAGUCUCUGUGGAGGUCGACACAAAGUGAUGGGAUUAAAUAAACAUGACAACACCAAACAGAUCCCAGAACUGCUGGAUUAUAUAGAGAACAUGAAGACUGAACCCUAUUCACUUCAGAUGUGUGUGAGAGCUCAAGAGAAGAGAGGAAUAGAUGAAACAGAGGAGAAAUAUAAAGAAGAACUGAAGAGAAUGGAGAAUGAAAUCAAAGAACUACAAGAGAAGCUUCUGAGAUACGGUGCUGAAGGUGAAUCACAAGAUCUGAAGUGUUUGCGAUUUGUGCUGAUCGGGAGGACAGGAAGUGGAAAGAGUGCAACAGGAAACACUAUUCUAGGGAGAGAAGAGUUUGAUACUGAACUCAGCUCAGUUUCAGUGACGAGUGUUUGUCAGAAGGGAGUUGGUGAAGUUGAUGGUAAAUCAGUAGCUGUUGUAGAUACUCCAGGACUGUUUGACACGUCACUGUCAAAAGAACAAGUGGUGGAUGAAAUCAUGACAUGUGUUUCACUGUCAGCACCUGGACCUCAUGUCUUCAUCAUCGUGUUGAGUUUGGGAAGGUUUACUCAGGAGGAGAUGGACACUGUAGAUCUGAUAAAGAAGAUCUUUGGUCCAAAAGCUGCUCAGUUCAGUAUUGUUCUGUUCACUAGAGGAGAUGAGUUGGGAAAAACAUCUAUACAGUCAUUCAUAGAGAAGAGUGCAGAUCUCAAGAAACUGAUCAGAGACUGUGGAAACAGAUACCUGGUCUUUAAUAACAGAGAAGAACGAGACCGAACUCAAGUCUCACAUCUGUUGAACAUGAUAGAGCAGAUGAUCAGCAACAACACAAACAGAUACUUCACUAAUGACAUGUUUGAGGAGGCAGAGAUGUCCAUUAAAAAGAGAAUGGAGGAAAUAUUAGAAGAGAAAGAGAGAGAAAUUCAGGCUCAGAAAGAGGAAUUAAAAGUCAAAUAUGAGAUGGAAAUGAAAGACAUGAUGAAGAGACUGGAGGAAGAGAAACAAAAGAAAGAAGAGGAAAGAGUGCAGAUGGAGAACAAGUUCAGAGAAAAAGAGGAAAAUGUCAGAAAACUGUUUGAAGAGAAAGAAAAAACAGAACAGAAGAAACGAGAGAUGGAGGAUCAGAAACGAUCAGAAGAGGAAAAACAACAGAAAGAUGAAUAUAAUAAAACAAUAGAAGACAUGAAGAGAGAGAUUGAAAAUCAGAGAUCACAGUAUGAAAAACAGCAGAAAGAAAGAGAAGAAGAAGAUAGAAAGAAAGAAGAGAAAUACAAACACGAUCAAGAAAAGAUUAAAAAUGAGCAAGAACGAAUCAUAACAGAAUUAAAACUAAAACAAGAAGAGGAAAGAAAAAAGAGAGAUUCAGAUGAACGAAAGAGGAAAAUACAAGAAGAGAAAGAAAGAAAAGAAUGGGAGAGAAAAAUAAAAGAGGCUGAAAAUGACAGAAAAGAGAUUCAAGAGGAUGUUAAAGGACAACAGAGAGAAUGGGAGGAUGAAAAGAAAAGACAGAUGAGUAAAAGAGAGGAAGAGGAAAGAAAGAGAAGAGAGAGACACGAGAAACAGCUGAGAGAAAAACAAGAAGAACUGGAGAACAUGAGAAAGACAUUUGACAGAGAGAGAGAAGAAGAAAGACAGAAGAGAGAGGACGAGAGACUACAAGACAGAAGAGAGAGAGAACAGAAAGAGAGAGAAUAUGAACAGAUGAAAGAUGAAAUGAAAAGACAUUAUGAACAGCAGGAACGAAAGAUGAAAGAGGAGUGGGAGAGAAGAAAACGAGAGGAUGAUGAAAGACGAGAAGAAGAGAGAAAGAAAUGGGAGAAAAAGAUUGAAGAUCUGAAACAAGAGCGAGAGACAGAGAUCAAGAGAAGAGAUAAAGAGGAGAGAGACAGAAGAGAAAGAGAAGAAAAACAGCGUGAAGAAAUGAAACAGAAACAUGAAGAAGAAAUGCAGAAGAUGAAGAGGAAACAUGAAGAUGAAGCCAGAAAACAAGCAGAAGAAUUAAAUUAUUUCAGAGAGAGAAAAGGGAAACAUGUUCAAGAACUCAAAGAGAUGCUCGAAGAACAUCAAAAACAACGUGAAUUACUGGAAAAACUUUUUCAACACUUCAAAGAUGAAAAAACUGAAGAAGUGAAAGAGCUUAAAGAAGAAAUCAAUGAACUGAGAAACAAGCCAUAUUGUGUCAUUCUGUGAGAUUCUUGUUUACUGGGAUGUUGUUUAGUUUUAAUUUUCUUGUUGUUAUAUCUACAGUAUAUACUCUAUAUGUGUAACUGCAUUAAAUCACUUCUUUAUGUUCUAUAUAGUCAAAUACAUGAAAUACUCACAUCUUAUCAUUUCAUAAUAAACACACUUUUAUAAAUGAUAACACUUGUGUUCACUGAUACUGUUAGACACACACACACACACACUAAGUGGCGGUGACGUCACCACAAUGCUUGUGCUAGGCUAUGUGCACGUUAAGGUCACGUGAAAUGUUGAACGCCCGCUGGCAGGAGGUCACGGGACCGAUCCAACAGGUGACACGGGUCGACUGACUGCGAUGACUGGCUGAUGCACCACCUGUGCCCCCUACUGUGCCAACUUGCUGUGCUUUAGCCACCCGAAACACUUCUCGUUGUUGUGAGUGUUGCUCCUCUGCGCUCCGUUGUUGGUGGAGGGCGACUGCCUCCAACUGGCCAGCAGCAUCCUUCACAAACCUCCUCCAAAGAGGCCGAUCUUGACACCGCUGGUACCAGCCAUCGGCAAGUCCAGUCAGCUCCACAUCCUCCUGUACCACAUCACUCCAUCUCGUGCCGCGCCCACUUAGACCCCUCUACCCGCCGAACAAAACCUGUUUAGGCAUGCGGUGGCCGGGCAUGUGGGCUACAUGAGCCAACGCAACCUUGUGGCCGAGACACAAUCACACACAUGCACACACACACACACACUCUCAAACACACUCAUACGAACACACAGACACACACAUUUACCUUUCUCAAGCCAUAAAAUCUAUUAAUAUUGUGCAGGAAAUACUUUUUAAUUGAAGUGAUGUAGUUUAUAUCAUAAUAGGAAUACUAUACCUGUGUCUGAAUGACUCAUUUGGUUGUGCAUUGACUUUAUUUAACAUGAUAGUAGGGGUUGGGCGAUAAAACUAUCUUGAUAUUUAUAUUAUAUAAAUAUUUUCAGUACAGCAGACACAUUCUAGUAAAUGUCCCUAAAUGCUAAGACACACCCUUGGAUAUAAUUCAAUGUUCAAAAUGUAGUCUAUGCACCCAUAAGUUCAUCUCAUAGACAUAUGUGUGCAGAUACAUUUGUAAUCAGAACAGUAAAGAACAGAAUCAGAGUGUGUUAGAACGGUCUCUUCAGCUGUCUUGCAUUAGGAUGCAUUUUUGGUGAUAUGAUCACAAGUGGUCAGCCCUAAAAACAGGUGGAAACAAGUGCCAAAAUGUUUUGUGAUAGGAUCACAAAGAACUACAUGUGUAGUCAAAAACACAUGUGACCACAUCACAUUUGUGUCUUUCAUCACACACACACAAGAAUGAGAUCUCACAGAUGUUAUUUAGUGUGUCUGAUAUACAGCAGACAGAAGACACACAAACACAUCGGAAACACAACUACUCAACUAAAAUAACAGAGAAUUUCAGAUACAUCUGGGACGGUUUUUCCAUGAUUUCUUUGUCUUGGUUUAUUAUCAUGUAUUAACACACAAACGUGACUUAAUGAAAAGGAGACUCUCUCCUCUACAGGAAUCAUAAUUGCUCACAGAAGAUGCAUUAAAGUGACCAGGAGGAAACAGCCAUGUGUCUCGACUGACCACAAAACUGCAUCUGAAAGCAGGUGGAAACCGGCCUGAUGUGUAGCGUAUUUAAUAUGAUAAAUGUACACUGCACGGGUUAAAGUGUCGUGUACAUUACCAUUAUUUGUAAGGGAAACAGCAUGUGUGAGCUAGGAAUUAAAUUAAACAGUCCUAUUUCUACAUUACUCUGUACGGAAAUGUAUAAUGAAAUCAGUCGCGCUUGACAUCCGUUAUAAUUUAGAUAAUGACAAAUAACUAGA